UUCAGGAACAUUUACAGACUGUUGAUAAAACACACACACACACACACACACACACACACACACACACACACACACACACACACACACACACACACACACACACACACACACACUCACACACACUCUCACACACACACACACACACACACACACACACACACACACACACACACACACUCACACACACACACACACACACACACACACACACACACACACACACACACACACUCACUCACACACACUCACACACACACACACACACUCACACACACUCACACACUCACACUCACACACACACACACACACUCACACACACUCCCACACACACACACUCACACUCACACACACACACACUCGCACACACACACACUCACACACACUCACACACACACACACUCACACACACUCACACACACACACUCACACACACACACACACUCACACACACUCUCACACACACACUCACACACACACACACACUCACACACUCACACACACACACACACGCCCGUCUCCGUUUUUAAAAUAGUUCAUUUAUGUUUUUAUUUUGUUUUACACCUUCUCCGUGUCUCUCCUCUCAGUCCCGUCAUUGUCGCUGUUGGCCAGCAGGGGGCUCUGCUCACAUGAACAACAUGAUGAUCAGCUGUGGAACAUUUGACCUUGGCUGUAAUGGAGCUGAAUCCUUCGUAGAUGUUGAGGUUAUAAAAGUCUGAAGGUUCAUGAAUUUACUUCAAGUUUAGGGGAAAUUAAAGAUCAACAAACAACAGAAAGACUUUUUUUCUAGACUGUAAGUGAGUUUUCCUCUCAAACUGUGACCUUCCUCUAAGAUAUUUGACCUUCAAAAACAUUUCAGCUGCUCCAGGAAACAGAAGCAGAGAAACUAAAACAAACAAAAGAUCCUGAUGGUUUUAACCAGAUCUGAAAACAUCUCUGUGGUCGGCCUCCUCCUCUCCUCCUCUCCUCUUCUCCUCCUCCUCCUCCUCCUCUCCUCUCCUCCUCCUCUCAAAGUGGACUAAAAGGGUCCCCGAUCGAGGAGAGGCCAAAGGUGGACGUGGGUCGGAGGAGUUUGUGCUCCUGCGUCUCUGCUGAGCUCGUCACUGCGGGGAGUGAUCAGGAAGUCAGGUGGUCUACUUCUGUCAACGCUCAUUAGGAUUACAGGGCGAGAGAGAGAGAGGGAGAGAGAGAGGGAGAGAGAGAGAGAGAGAGGGAGAGAGAGAGAGAGAGAGAGAGGGAGGGAGAGAGAGAAGGAGAGAGAGAGAGAGGGAGAUUGUUUUGGCUGCUGUAUUUAGUGUUUUGUAAAACUGCUUUUAUUUUGAAAUAUUCUUCUUCUUCUGGUGUUAAAGGUGUUGUAGUUCAGGAUCAGAGGAGGUUCCAGUUUUUAGGAGAAAUCUUGAAUGUAAACUCGACCCCUCCAACCAGUUUUCCACUCAGCUCCUCCCCUCCCUCUCUUAAGCCCCGCCCACAAACAGACGCUCCUGCUCGCUCGUAUCGUUCCAAUUAAAUUCAGAUGUAAUGCAGAUCAAUCCUUUAGAUCAUUACAAAUGGGGCCCAGUCAAGGUGAAAGUCAAAAGCAUUGGUGCUACUGUAGAUGCCAAUAGACUACCAGCAAACACAAUGUUUGCAGGACUUCUACAACGAGGAUAAAGUGACAUAGUCCAGGACCCGAGGGAGGACAGUUUAGCGAUGGCGCUACAACACGCUACAGCAGGUCCGUUUGACAAGAAACACUUCUGUUACAGACACUUGUCUUACUUUGUUAAAGCGGUUUACCUGUCCAGCAGAAAGGUUACAGGGUCACCAAGAUCCCCAAGCGUCCCCCAUGGUUUAUGUUGACCCGGCUUUUUAGCUCUUGUUUUGCUAGUUAAGCGGCGCACAAUCUGGGGAGCGCAGUGUGCAAAGAGGUUGGAUUUUACAAAGGUGUGUUUUGAGAGAUCUGAUGACUCAAAAUGAUCAGUGCACACGCUUUUAAGUGAGGCAGGUGUGUGUGGAGAAACAGGUAAAGGUGCCCUCGUCUUCUGGCAUCCUAAGUCUGCAGCAAGCCACUAUUACGCCAGUCUAGCUAAUUUUUAAGCGCCCGUUAUUCCUCCAGAGUCUCCGGUAUUUACUUUGUUUUCUUGCUUGUGUCGGCAGUCGUGGCCAAAGGAGGAUUCAGACAAUUUUCCGAACUUUCUGGUUGGUUUCUACUGUCCGAUAUUGUAGCACGCUAACUUUGUUUGGGCUCCUGAACGACACGGGGGAGCAGCGUCUGCCUCACAACCAAUCAGGUUAGAGGAGGUGGAGAACGGCUUUGUUUACAGUCAGAAAGAGCGGACCGCUCAAAAAUGUUCAAAUGUUGACGACACAGACAUAAGAGAACACAGAGAUAUCGAUAUAUUACCAAAUAAUCAAUAACUAAGAACUAUUGACUGAUAUUAGAAGGUUUUUUGUUUUUUGAUGCUUCUUUAACGGGUUCAUGACUCCACCACCUUUAAAUUAAAGAACUGUUUCAGUUAAAUGUGAACUUCCUGUCAGUCUCAUUCGUCCUCGUUGGUCAAAGACGGUUUGACUGACUGACCCUCAAACGUUUUUAUUUCCUGUCAGUAGAAGAAGAAACUUGAACUCAGAGUCUCUGCUGAGUUUUCUCCCGUCAUCUUUAUUUGAGUUUGAUCCUGACAGCUGACCUCGUGGUCGUCAUGGAUUCAAUCACACAAACCUUUAUUUAAACUCUGAACAUGAAUAAACGGCGAGGAGGCCGAGUGAUGUCAUCGGGCCUGAGCCUCACCUGACGCAUCAAUCACUAAAAAAAGCGUCAGCUCCAGGUGAUCUGGAAGUCCCCAUCAUCAAACAUCAGCAUGCUCCCAUAAUGCAUUAGGGCAAUUGGUGGAUUAUCGCCGCCGUGGGACCAAUGAGGACGCGGUUUGUGGUUUAGCGCUGCAGAGUAGUAACCGGGCCAGAGCGAGGAGGUGAACGUUCCCUCAGGUAUUUGAAGGUCUUAAUCAGACCCUGGGCCAGCUGGGACGCAGCCAAUCAGAGACAACGAAGCUCAUCUGAUGGUUCUGGUUCUCUAGUAAAAGGUUCUUCUGUUGGCCUCACACCACGCCGUCCCGCGUCUCCAAACACACAGAUCCUUCAGUGCGUCACCUGACCUUGGCGUGGUCACUGAGGAGACGUUCUGACGUGAGUUUGGACUUUUUAACGGUGUGGACCUGGACCUGAGGGGGUCCAGGGUUCAGGGUCUGAUGACCUCCACUCCUUCCUCAGAGAGAAAAAUGACUCUCUCCUCAAACCACAAAUCAGAUUACAGGAUGUCAAAGGGGCGGGGCUAAUGCACUAAUCACUCAGGUAGGACCAAUAGCUGCUCUUCUACCUGCAGGCUGGUCCAGAAGCUCCUUUAAACCUCCUCAGAUUUUCACAUUUUCACACAAACCCCUUCAGGUCAGUUCUGGACUGGAUCUGGUCUGUGGACCCGGGUCCGGGCUCUCUCUGACAGAUUCUGAUUCUGAUAUUAACCUCUGCGUUUGACUCCUGAUCCACUUUUGGUCCCGGCUCUCGGUCCAUGUCAGGUGUGACGCACGUUUUGCAUGACCUGCUCUAAUUCCCUAACGAGAUUGCUCGUUCCCGGAUAUCCCAUUAGACCCUGAUUACCCGGGCUCAGCUCAUUAGCUCUGACAAACCAAUUCGCCCCAGACCAUCCAUCCCACCCCUGAAUCCUCCUCAUCAUGGAGAGAAAUCACCCUGGAGGUCCCGCAGGAGCGGAGAAGUUUCAGAAUCAAAGACGUGAACAAACACAGAUUUAUGUUUGAGAACCUUCAGAACCUUCAGAACCUUCAGACUCUCUCAGCUCACGUCCUGAAUCAUAAACACUCGUCUGUUUCUCUUCUUCUUCUUCUUCUUCUUCUUCUUCUUCUCCUCUGACUCCCGUCUCCUCGCUCAUUUCCUCACAUUUCACCUCCUCCUGUCUCCUUUCUCCUCUCGCUCUUGUUCUUUCAUUUCUUCACCUGCUCUUGUCUUUUGACCUCAUAACCUGAUUUUCUCCCACCAAUCGGUUUACCUACCGCCUCUCUCUCUCUCUCUCUCUCUCUCUCUCUCUCGCUCGCUCGCUCCUUCCCUCUCUAUUUCCAUCUUUGAGCUUUAUCCCUUCAUCCCUUAUCUCCUUCAUCCCCUCCAAUCCUCAUCUGUUCCUCACUGUGGAGGAAGGGAGAGAGAGAGAAAGAGAGAGUUUUUCACAAGUAAGCUGCGAGCAGUCUGCCGGGGGAGAGCGUCGGAGGAGCCAGCGAGCAGGUUGUGCACCCGGGGAUCGUGGAACCUAAAAAAACUCCGAAAGGGAACGUAGAGCCGAGGACUUUCAGGACCACGGAGCUGCUCAGCUGCAGGAGAAGAUCAGGGACCACCUCGUCUGUGGAAAAAAGUGAGUUUUCAGUGGGAUGACUGCUGUAGUUGAAGGCUCUCCAGGUUCCUCCUCCGCUGUUGGAGCUGCAGAGUUUGACUCUGAGAACCUUUUGCAGGAUGAGAUGAUUGAGUGAUCAGCAGGUGGACCUUUUCUCCAACAUGAGAAACCAGUUAGAUCUGAGGGUACUUUAGAGGUUUCUGCAGGCUGAGCGUUGGCCGUGGUUCUGCAGAACUUUUGGAUCUUUUCAGGUCCGGUUCUGCAGGACGGGUCCUCUUCUUUGAGGUUUUUCCUCACGUCUCUGAUUCCUUAAACCCUUUGAAGGUGAUCUCUGGACUGGAGCUGCCAAAGAGGAUUGGAGCCUCAGGUGAGGCCGCAGUAAGCUGCAGCCUGAUCCACCGCUGAAGGCCAAACCUCGUCCAGGACUCGAGGGGACCUUCUCUGUGGGGGGCGGGGGGACCUUCUUCUCUGUGAGGCCUCCACAUUGAGGGGGGGGGGGUGUUUUCUGUGCAGACUGACGGGUUUCCUUUGGUGCAGGUUUCAGUUUCUCUGAACCUGAAAAUAUAACGAACCGUCGUUUCCGUCCUAAUCAGAGAGCAGGAGAGCAGAGGAGGAACGAGAGCAGAGCCUCCACACCUCCUCCUCCUCCUCCUCCUCCUCCUCCUCCUCCCGUCUCUGAUCCCGAGGUAAAGAGCAGUCAGUAAUCGGAUGACAGAAGAUUUGACCGCUAAAGCUUCCCUUAAGAUCUCCUGCCCGGGGUUUUAAGCCCUGCAGCAGCCCCCCUUUACCGCCGCCAUGUCCCCCACCUUCUACCCUCCACCCUACAUCCUGUCCCGGGUUCAAACUGCACGUAGACCUUGUCCUGACCCUUGACCUCUGCUGCUAAACUCCCAUUUGAUCAUUUAUGACAUAUUUAAACUCUAACGAUGUUUCCGUUGGAUGUCAAACCUCGGAGUCGGCGAAGUUUCCGAUCUUUGCAGAGUUUUUAUUUUUUUAUUUAGUCGCCUGAUUUCAGUUUCGAUCUCACGCCAUCGCCCUCCUCGAACCCAACAUCAGCUGAGAGGAGCGUGGAGCAGAAUCGUGCAGAGAGGAAGUUAGCAUCAAAUUAGUCCGACGUCAGGAUCCUAUUACCGAGGGUUAAGCACAUUCAGACGAGUGCGGCACGCAGGGACUCUGGGACUCUGGGACUCUGGGACUCUGGGACGGGGACUGUUGAGGGUCCGAAUAAAAGAGGCUCAUUUAGAGAAGUGACUGAAACAUGCAGCUCGGUUCAGAGGGUCUGAGGACUCUGGUUUGGGUCCAAGCUCAUAAAGAGGGGCCCGGGGAAAAACUGUGAAGUUGGACUUAAUCUGAUCCAUGUCUCAGGGUUCAGAACCGGUCCUGAGAGCACGGACCGGGUCGACUUCAGAGGAACCGAGUCGUUCCUUCGGCUCUCCUGCUUUAAAACUGCAGGUCUCUAGUUUCUCUCCUGGACCUCCAGGAGAGUCUCUCCAUCUCACUUGACCCCCUUUUUUUGACCCCCUCAGGUCCUCUCCCCUACCUGUCCAUCAUAAUUGGACCAGUAUGAGGACUAACAGUCUUACUGCUCUGGUUUAGGGGGGAUUAAACCCCGGGUCAGGUCUGUGUCUAAUCUUUGCUCUAGACUUGGUGCUGUAAGAGGAACCUAAGCGCUGCAGAUCAGAGAAUCAGGGUCACAGAGUGAUCUUCAGCCGCUCCGUGGAUCUCCGUGGACGGACUCACACCGUCUUGAACGCGGACACUCCUCCUUCAGGACCGGACUCAUGAAGACCUGAUUUUUCUCUCUCUCUUGUUUUUUUUUAGAUUAACUCUUUCCUCUCCGCUCAGUAACAUCCUCUCGCAGACGUCGCCAUGGCAGCUGAGAAAGCUGAAAUGGAUGCUCUGAAGAAGGAGUGCGACGGCCUCCGUGCACAGAUCGAGGUGAGUGACCGUCGAACCCUGGACCCCAAACCCUGAGAGACAGACGUCAUUUCUCUGUCUGUGAUUUUCACUGAAGUGACGUGAAGAUGCAGGAAUGAAGCAGAAACAGAUUUUCCCAAACCUGAUAUAAACGUUCAGUUCAAACCCUUUUAAAGAGUUCGACGUUUUCAAACACCUGUUUCUUUUUAUCUGUGAGUGUCUUUUGGUUAUUAGGAGGUCAGGUUUUAACUCAGCAGCUUCAGGCUCUUUUUGUCUUGAAGGACAUGAAACUGUUUUUGUUAAAGUCGUCUGAUCUCAGCUGAGAAGGUCUGGAGGGUUUUUUUGUCAGCUGACCUUGACCUGCUCGUUUGACUGUCUCUGCUCUGUUCCUCCACCCUGUCAUUCCUUCUUUGUCCACCAGGCGGCCCGUAAAGCCGUGAACGACAGCAGCAUGUCAGGAGCAGCAGGGGGCGUGGCCUCCGUGGGCCGAGUCCAGCUGAAGCUCAGGAAGACGCUCAAGGGUCACCUGGCCAAGAUCUAUGCCAUGCACUGGUCAGCUGACUCCAGGUGAGGAACCGAGAGUUUCAGAGACUUAGUCCAGACUCAGACUUAGUCCAGACUCAGACUCAGUCCAGACUCAGACUCAGUCCAGACUCAGACUUAGUCCAGACUCAGACUCAGUCCAGACUCAGACUUAGUCCAGACUCAGACUUAGUCCAGACUCAGACUCAGUCCAGACUCAGACUCAGUCCAGACUCAGACUUAGUCCAGACUCAGACUCAGUCCAGACUCAGACUUAGUCCAGACUCAGACUCAGUCCAGACUCAGACUUAGUCCAGACUCAGACUCAGUCCAGACUCAGACUUAGUCCAGACUCAGACUCAGUCCAGACUCAGACUCAGUCCAGACUCAGACUUAGUCCAGACUCAGACUCAGUCCAGACUCAGACUCAGUCCAGACUCAGAUUUAGUCCAGACUCGUCCUCAGGAGAGGAAACACAGAUUUAUGAAGCAGAGACUUAAACACCAGAGGUUAAAGGUCACUUGAUGAGUCCGUUAGCUUCUUCACAGUCAGAGUUACAGAUAUUAGACACUCGUGUUUAAAUACAGAAGGGGGUUAAAGUCAAACUAACAGACUGACUGACCCGCCUUUUCAGCUCCUUUAUAAAGAGAAUAAAACCUGAGACAUGAAGGGGGUCCGGGGGUCCGGGGGUCCCUCAGCUGGACCGGAAGAACAGAAACAGUGAUAUUUGUUCAUUAUUCCAUGAACACAUGAAACCACCGCCAUGUUUUUUAAAGGUCUGACUGUUCAGAUAAAGUUGGACACACACACACCGACCAAAACGAGUUCUUCACAGAAGCUCUACAGCGAGGCACCGAUAUCAUCAUUUUAAUUAUAAAUAAAUUAAAAACUGUAAAAAAAAUACAAAAAUAUCAAAAAAACGCAAAAAUAUUCAACUGAGAGCGAAAACUUGAAAAACUGAACCGAAGAAUCACAAAACUGUUUCUUAUCCCAACAGACAGAAAAAGAAAAUCUGAUGAAGCAAAAAAGAUUCAUGGAGAAAAAUAUUUUAUAAAAUAUCAAAUUAAAUCUAAAAAAAAGUUUUAAAAAAAAAUCACAUUUUCUGUUCCUCAGAAAUGUUUGUGAAAAUCUUUGAAAUGAUCAAAUUUUCUGAUCAGAUUCUUAAAACUGAUGAUUUUCAGACUUUUAUUCACCAGUUUGGUCUGAAAACACUCAAAUAUUCGUCUCCAACAUCUCAGACGUUUGAUGCCCUCACACUGUCUGACCUACACCGCCCCCUGGUGUCCUCUCUGAGUCCCUGCAGCUCCUCUGUCCCGUCUCUCCUCCUGCUGCUGAGGUUGUGAUGAAGGUGAAAUGAAGGUUUUUGAUUGGUCCUGAAGCGUCUCUGUCGUCUUGUCUCUCUCAGGCAGAUGGUCAGUGCAUCACAGGAUGGAAAGCUCCUGAUCUGGGACACCUUCACAGGAAACAAGGUGAGAUCCAAAACCAGGGACCUUACCGAGUCCGGACUCUCAGAGGUCUGAUGUUGUUGAGCUGGACUUUAAACAGUCCUGUCUGUUUGUUUGUGUAAAAGUCCGUUUCAAACACAGAAAUUUAAAAGUAUAUUCAGACACAACAGCCGCAGAUCUUCUUUCUCACUUUCUCUUCGUAUCUUGAACUUUGUUUUUGUUUUAUAAGUCAGAGAAGAUCCUGAGGCUGUGAUUGGUGGAGUGGGUUUGUCCUUCCUGCUGGAGCUCCUUAUUAUCCUUGAGUAAUUAGAUUAGCCUGGAUUUCACUGAUGAGUUAAGUGUUCAGUGAUGCUUUAACCUUUGUUUCCACUUCGUCAGGGAAGAGAUCAGGACUGAGUUUCAGUCACAGAAAACGGGACAUUUCUCCGGUUUCUCUCACAUCCUCUCCUUUCUCUUCCCCAGCUGGUCGCUGUGCCGCUAAAAUCCGCCUGGGUGAUGAGCGUCGCCUUCGCCCCCUCUGGUAACCUGGUGGCCAGCGGCGGUCUGGACAACAUGUGCACAGUGUACAACAUCAAGGCGGCCAGCCCCAAGACCCUCAGGGAGCUGGACGCCCACACAGGUAAGAAGGACCCUCACCUGAGACCCUGAAGGUUCCUGAUUAACGCUGACAAUGAACCGGUUUCUCUCUCGUCCUCUCAGGUUAUCUGUCCUGCUGCCGUUUCCUCAGUGACUCGGAGAUCCUGACGGCCUCCGGUGACACCACCUGGUGAGUUUAGCACGAACGCCGUCAUCAUUACAUCUGUGACGUGUCGUAAUUAUAGAGGAAAAGACACGAGUAACACUGACACACCUUUAAAAACCUGAAAAAAGGACUGAGCCGGAUCCCUAACCCUCCUGCAGACCACACCUGUUUACAUCCGGGUGGUGGAUCUGUGGAGGGUUCUGGAAGGACCUGCAGUCCUGAUUCCUGCUGAGACACACACAUGUCAUCAAUCAUAAACGAACCACCUUCUUCUAGAGUCGUAAAGGUCUUUCCCUCUGAACCUGAACCCGGACCUCAGAGAGAGUUUCAGACUCGGUUCUGAGCCCGUCUCAGACCCUCACCCUCUCACCCCUUAUCCCUCCCCUCAGCUGCCUGUGGGACCUGGAGACCGGGAAGCAGAAGAUCAUCUUCACUAACCACAUCGGAGACUGCAUGUCUCUGGCUCUCUCUGGAGACAUGAACACCUUCAUCUCCGGAGCCUGCGACUCUCUGGCCAAGCUGUGGGACCUGAGGGAAGGGACCUGCAAGCAGACCUUCUCCGGACACACCAGCGACAUCAACGCCAUCUCGGUAAGACCGCCCACACACACACACACACACACACACACACACACACACACACACACACAUGAAUAAGGAAGAGAGAGAGAGAGAGAGCGAGAUCGUCUCUCCUGAUUGAUGUCAUCAUCAUCAUCAUCAUCAUCAUCAUCAUCAUCGUCGUCAUCCAACAACGGCAGCAACAAGUGACAUCAGAGCGUUGACUCUGCGGGGGUCCCGCCCCUUCGACUCUCUUUAGAGGGUCUCUGGACUCCUUAAAAGUCCAGAUUAAUCAGGGCGGAUCAGAACCGGUUCUGAGGUUUUUUUGCUCCAUAUUCUGAGGAAAAGGUCGAAUAAUGAGAUGAAGCAAAAUUCUGAAAUGUGGAGGACGAGUUUAGGAGAAAAUCAAAACUCUGAGAAAUCUGAAGAAAAACAAACAUGAUAAAAUCCUGGAUUUAAAGACUUUAAAUCACAGAAACAGAAAACUGUAUUUUCAGGAUUUGAUGAUUUUCAUCCUGAGAUUUAGACGAUGACGGUUUCACUCUCCACAGACUUCAGUCCCGUUAACUCUCCUCCUCUUCUUCUUCUUCUUCUUCUUCUUCUUCUUCUUCUUCUUUCCUCCCACUCCAGUUCUUCCCCAGUGGAAACGCCGUCAUCACAGGAUCCGACGACUGCAGCUGCAAGAUGUACGACCUGCGCUCCGACCAGGAAGUGAUCGGUUACCAGGAUACCAGCCUGAACGCCGGCGUCACGUCUUUGGCUCUCUCCAACUCCGGCAGGCUCAUCUUCGCCGGAUACGACGACUUCAACUGUCACAUCUGGGACUCGCUGAAGGGCGAGAAAGUCGGUGAGUCAGUUCACGCCGUCUCCUCCUCCUCCUACACCUCCUCCCUUCUUCCUCUCCUUCUCCUCCUCCCUUCUUUGUCAACUUCUCACCUCCUUCUCAUCCUCCCUUCUUCUCCUUAUUCACCUCCUUUUCCUCCCUUCUUCGUCACCUUUUGACCUCCUCCUCCCCCCUCCAUUUUUUUCCUUUUUUUUACCUCCUUCUCCUCCCCUCUUCUUCUCCUUUUCUCCUCCUUCUCCUCCCUCUUUCUUCUCUUUAUUCACUAACUACUCCUCCCUUCUUCCUUUCCUUUCUCACCUCCUUCUCCACCCUUCCUCUUCUCCUUUUUCACCUCCUUAUUCUCCUUUUCUCACCUCCUUCUCCUCCUCCCUUCUUCUCUUUUUUCACCUCUUUAUUCUCCUUUUCUCACCUCCUUCUCCACCUUUCUUCUUCUCCAUUUUCUCCACCUGUUUCACCUCCUUCUUCUCCUUUUCUCACCUCCUUCUCCACCUUUCUUCUUCUCCAUUUCCUCCUCCCUUCUUCUUCUCCUUUUUCACCUCCUUAUUCUCCUUUUCUCACCUCCUCCUCCCUUCUUCUUCUCCUUUUCUCACCUCCUUAUUCUCCUUUUCUCACCUCCUUCUCCACCCUUCUUCUCCUCUAUUUUCUCCUCCCUUCUUCUUCUCCUUUUUCACCUCCUCCUUCUCCUUUUUUCACCUCCUUCUCCACCCUUCUUAUUCUCCUUUUCUCACCUCCUUCUCCACCUUUCUUCUUCUCCAUUUUCUCCUCCCUUCUUCUUCUCAUUUUUCACCUCCUUCUUCUCCUUUUCUCACCUCCUUCUCCCCCUUUCCUCCCUCCCUCCCUCCCUCAGGUGUGCUGUCUGGCCACGACAACAGGGUGAGCUGCACCGGCGUCCCCGAAGACGGCAUGGGUGUCUGCACAGGAUCCUGGGACAGCUUCCUGAAACUGUGGAACUGAGACGUCUCUGCGGAGGAGGAAGACACCCGAGGAGGAAGAGGAGGAGGAGGAGAGGAAGAUGAGGAGAGGGGAAAGGAGAAGGGGAAUAAACUAGGAUGUAAAAGUGAGGCUGAAGGAUGAUUGGUGCAGAAACAUGACCUUCCUCUCUUCCUCUCUUCCUCUCUUCCUCUCUCCCUCCGCUCUUCUUCCUCAUCCUUGUAUGCAAAUAAAAACGAGAGGCUGCGAGUGAGUCAGGUUGUAAAAAAGGCAUCAGGUAAACAUGCGCGCUGCAUCUCGCUGCACGUGCAAGAGAGUUUUAUUGUUGUCGAGACGAUUUUAACGCUGAAGAAAAAUAAAAGCAUAAAAAUAGCGCAUUAUUCCAAACGAGCGGAGAAGAAGCUCUUACUGAGAAUGUCAAUUAAACAUGUCUAGAUUUUUGACAAUAAAGAGAGAAAGAAGACGUGAAUAUUGAAACUAAAAUAGGUUUACAGAUUUAUUUUUAUUGUCUUGGAGAUCUUUGGCCUGUAAAAGAGCCCGGCACUAAUGUAGAGGAAAGAUUGAGAUGUACAUUUAUUUAUAUUUGAUAGUUGGACACAUUAGCACGGACAGUCCAUGUACAGUGUCUUUUCUUUUCUUUUUCUCUUUUCUUUUCUGUUUUUUUUUUUUGGGCUGCACAUAUCCAGAGUAUAUGUGUGUUUAUGGUAGAGCUUCCAUUCUGGCUCCUCUGCUAACAACCAGCAGACUUUGAUCCAAGAUGGCUGCUGCUGUUUCCCCAGUCUGACUGUGAAAAUCUGAUGAUGUACCCGGACAGGAGAGGGUUAAAGGUAAAGCCAGGCCAGCAGGCGACCGACACACCGACCAAACGAGUCAGUGAAGAGCUGUCAGCUGAGUUUUACUCCCCGGGGUUCAGCUGUAGUUCUUUUACACGUGUGCAGUUCCUCUGUAAAAAGACCAACGUUUGUUCAAAAUCUUUCUAAUAAACAUAGAAUUCUGCAUUAACACCAUGUCAGAGUCUGAG